AUGUCCGGGUCGAGCGGGAAACACCGCGUACCACUCACGGAGCUGGUGAGGGGACAGGGUCUCCCGAUUGCGCUGCUGCUGCUGGCGCUGACCACCACCGGAGCCACUCCUCUUCGAAGAGCCACGACCUCCUCCUCCUCCUCCUCCGCCACCGCCUCCUCCACCUCCGCCACCUCCACCACCUCCGCUCCCUCCGCCACCGCCGCCACCUCCGCCUCCACUGCCGCCACGGACACCUCCACCCCCGCCACCACCCCCACCGCCACCCCCACUCCCUCCGCCGCCUCCACCGCCGCCUCCACCGCCCCCGCUAGCUCCUCCAGCGCCCCUGCCCCCCUUGCCCUUGCUAGAGCGGCAUCUCCCUGUAGGGGUAGACGCCGCACCGACCGACUCAAGGCCAACGAGGUCGGCCACAGCAGCAGAGGCAACAGAGGGCAAAAGGGGGGAGGGGGAACACCCCUCAAAGAUGGGGGGCGGCUCGGGCGGCUCGGCUGCAGGGCGACUCGGCGGCUCGGCAGCUGGGCGGUAGGCGGCUCGGCAGCUGGGCGGCUCGGCGGCUCGGCUGCUGGGCGGCUUCGGGGCUCGGCUGCUGGGCGGCUCGGCGGCUCUGCUGCUGGGCGGCUCGGCGGGGCUGCAAAGGAGGCGGCGGAAGGGCCGCUGAGAGGGCGGCGUCCGGGGCCGCUCAGAGGAGGCGGCUGGGCCGCCGAGAGGAGGCGGCGGGGCCGCGGAGAGGAGGCGGCGGGGCCGCUGAGAGGAGGCGGCGGGGCCGCGGAGAGGAGGCGGCGGGGCCGCCGAGAGGAGGCGGUGGGGCCGCUUAAAGGAGGCGGCGGGGCCGCUGAAAGGGCGGCGACGAGGCUGCUGCAGGGGUAG